GGCGGCCACUCUGCCGUCCAAGGACGAUGGGAAAGGGGACAUCACCUCUUGGAUUAGCUCCAUGCGCUCAUACUUCGAGUUACUGGGAACUCCGCAGGAAGACCGAAGCAUGAUCAUGGGCACAAAUACUGAGCCCGCCGUACGGAGUUUCAUAGAACUCCAAACUGUUACAGCAGGUUAUGACAGGAUUGACCUGACUGAGUGGCUGAAAGCAACUCCUGUACGCACUCUUGAGGACCUUCUCAUCACACGGUACCGAGAUAAGCACGCUGCGCUCAAGGCAAGGCUGAAGCUUGAGGCCCUCAAGGGCCAAACGUGGAGGACCUCCACGCAGGCUUUGGAACAACGCUUGACUGGUUUGUACACCACUCCAAACCUGGGAAUGACUGACGUGUCUUGCAUGGAUGUAGUCAUGGGAGUGGCCCCUAAAGAAUACCUCUCCCUGUUAGGACUCAAAGACCAUACCACUUGGCGAGAGCUCAUGACGAAUCUAGUCAACCUAGAGGCCAAGGACCUCGCCGGGCGUACAAAGGCGCCCGCUGCAGGUGGGUGCAAGGUCUUCUCCAAGAUCGACCUCAAGUCUGGCUACCACCAGAUUGAAGUUGAUCCGAGUGACCAGCACAAAACUGCAUUCAAAACGCGCGAUGGGCUGUACGAAUUCAUCAUUAUGCCCUUCGGUCUUACGAAUGCACCAGCCACAUUUCAGUGCCUCGUGGACAAGGUUCUCCGCCAUCAGCUUAACAUGUUUGUGGUUGUUUACCUUGAUGACAUCCUGAUUUUCAGCAAGUCCAUGGAAGAGCACGUCAAGCACCUUGAGGAGGUUCUGCAGGUCCUCAAGGAGGCGCAACUGCACCUCAACUUAGAGAAAUCUGAGUUUGGAAGGGACAUCGUCAUCUAUCUCGGGCACCGGUUGUCUGCAAACGGCCUUGAGCCGGAGGCAACCAAGGUGGAGGUCAUACGAAAGUGGCCUCAACCAGCAAACAUGCGCGAACUGCGUUCUUUUCUUGGUUUGGCCUCAUAUUCCCGGAAGUUUGUGCCCAAACUUCCUGUCAUUGCUCACCCACUCUCGAGACUAACAAGUAAGAAUGUUGCCUAUGCGUGGUGUGAGAAAUGUGAGACUGCGUUCCAAGCCUUGAAAGAGGCAUUGGUGAGUCAUCCUGUGCUCCACAUUGCGGAUCCCAACCUCACAUUCGUAGUCAUUACGGACGCGAGCCAGUUUGGGAUUGGUGCAAUGCUGCAACAAGACGAUGGUGAUGGUUUGCAUCCACUCGAGUAUUACAGCAAACGCAUGCCCAGUCACAAG